AAGAGAAAUGGCAGAGUCCCAAACAAAAACGAUUCGUUUUGGUAUAAUAGGAUGUGCCCAGAUUGCUAGGAAAGUGAUCCGAGCUAUAAGUCUAGCUUCCAGAGCCACCCUCCACGCCAUUGGAAGCCGGUCCAUUGAAAAGGCCCAGAAAUUUGCAGCCCUCUGUGGACUAUCCGAGACUCUGGUCAAGGUCUACGGGAGCUAUGAUCAGGUGCUGGACGACCCAUGUGUGGAUGCGGUUUAUGUUCCACUACCAACCAGCCUUCACUUGCAGUGGGCAAUCUUGGCCGCCCGUAAGAAGAAGCAUUUGCUGUUGGAGAAACCGACGGCUCUUGAUGUGCAUGAACUUGAUCGGAUCUUGGAAGCAUGCCAAUCUAACGGUGUGCAGUUCAUGGAUGGAAGUAUGUGGCUGCAUCACCCUAGGACUGCCAGAAUGAAGGAGUUGAUUUUUGAUUCCAAGCUCCUUGGUCAAGUUAAUUUUAUUCAUAGCACAUCAACAACUUUAAUGCCCCCAGAAUUCUUUGAAAGCAACAUCAGAGUAAAGCCAGACUUAGACUCUCUUGGUGCAGUUGGGGACCUUGCUUGGUAUUGCAUAGGAGCUUUCUUAUGGGCAAAAGACUAUAAAUUACCAUCUAUAGUCACUGCUUUACCAGGUACCAUAAAAAACUCAGCAGGGGUCACAUUGACAUGCACUGCUUCCUUCCAUUGGGAAGACAACACGGUUGCAAUAAUCCACUGCUCUUUCCUCUCCGAAUCCUCCAUGGACUUGGCAGUAUCGGGGUCUAAUGGCAACCUCCAUCUCGCCGACUUCAUCAUCCCAUUCCGGGAGGAUUCUGCUUCAUUCGAAUUUGUUUCUGGUGCUAAGUAUUCAGAACUCCAGAUUGGGUGGACUGCAAAACCUGAGGAACUCAUAGUGGAUUCUAAGCUGCCUCAGGAGGUUUUGAUGGUUGAAGAGCUUGCAGGGCUUGUUGAAGGCAUUAGAGAUUAUGGGAAUUCACCAAAUGGGAAAUGGCCUGAGAUUAGUAGGAAGACACAACUGGUGUUAGAUGCUGUCAUGAAAUCUAUUGAUCUUGGUUGUAAACCUGUAAACUUGUAAUUUUUUUUGUUUUUUUGAAAUUAGAAUUUGACAUUGAAUAUUUGACACUUACUAAGGUAAUUAUUAUGUUGUUGGUGGUGUUGGUGAUGAUAAA